ACUGGACUUAUUGACUUUAGUAUGAAGACGGAGCGCUGAGGCAGUCGCAAUCCAACUUGGCAACCUGUUCCUUGCUAUUUGCCAAAAAUGGUUUCGAGCUAGGUACAGUACUUCGUACAUACAGCACCUGCGCAUACAUUUUUCGAAAAAAGAAUUCCCCGAUCCCCGACCUCGCAGAGAAUCGCUGAACCUCGGACUUUCCAGCCUUUUUCAACAUUUUACAACUUACUACGCUCUUCCAAUUCUUCCCCCGAACUGUCCCAUCACAUUCGCAUUGCCCUUCCCUUACUGUUAUAUCUCUCAUUUCCUCAAAGACUUGCAUAGUCGCCUCUCUUUUCUCGCCUUGGUCAGGCUUAAUUGAUUCCUUCCGAGCUCCUCAAAAUGGGUGUAAUCGACGAUGAGAUGAAGCGAUUGCAGGACGUCGUGUCCGGGUUGGAGGAGCGUGUAAGACGCUUAGAGCAACGACAAUCCGGCGGAAGUAUAUCUACCGAGAGCGUGCGCAUGAUUCUCAUGGGUCCUCCUGGAGCUGGAAAGGGAACGCAAGCGCCGAAGAUAAAAGAAAAGUUUGCUUGCUGCCAUCUUGCCACUGGUGAUAUGCUUCGAUCCCAAGUCGCCAAGAAGACCCCUCUUGGACGAGAAGCCAAGAAGAUUAUGGACGCUGGUGGUUUAGUCAGCGACGACAUUGUCAUUGGCAUGAUUAAGGAGGAGCUCGAGAACAAUAAGGAAUGCAAGGGCGGUUUUAUCCUUGACGGUUUCCCUCGUACUGUCGCACAAGCUGAAUCGCUCGACAAGAUGCUUUCUGAUAAGAACCAGAAGCUACAGCAUGCUGUCGAGUUACAGAUUGAUGACGCUCUUCUGGUUGCGCGCAUCACCGGUCGCUUAAUCCACCCUGCCUCCGGCCGAAGCUAUCAUAGCACAUUUAACCCCCCUAAGGUCCCUAUGAAGGACGACGUCACCGGCGAGCCUCUAAUCCAGCGAUCUGAUGACAACGCCGAGGCGCUCAAGAAGCGUUUGGUGACUUACCAUAACCAGACUACUCCAGUUGUCGGAUACUACAAGAACACGGGUAUCUGGAAGGGUAUCGAUGCUAGCCAAGAACCUGGUCAGGUCUGGAGCAGCUUAUUGAAGAUCUUCGACGACAAGAAGCCUAAGAGCGGAGGAAUUCUUAGCAAGUUAACUGGCCAAUAAACUAGCAGUUUAUCACAUUUGCCCACAACCCUUGACAUGGCUUCCCAAAGCCAAUAUCUAGGAGAUGGUUUGUCGACAUAGAUAUGGAAAUGGAAACGUGAAAGGCGUCAUGCGAUUGUCUGGGAGGUGUCAUUCGAAUGCAAUGCGGCAACGACAGGUAUUUGGAGAGUCAGUACCUAGGGAAUAGUUACGAGGCGAAAAGGACAUGCAUGGGAUUGACGAGACUUGUAUCAUACGACUUGCAUGUACCAUGACAUUAAUUCAACCUUGAAAAAGACAUUUCGAAUCUUAUACCUUCAUACGAACACCUGAAUGCUAACUUUGAACAGAACUGAUCUCUCCAAUGGAUGGGCAAGCGAAAC